CAUAGUACUUACUCAAUAAAAAGUUUUAUUGAACUGUCAAGUUAGUUUCAUUAAAUUAUAAAGUUGGGAAAGUUUUGUUAAAACCUAGCAACAUUUCUCCCUGCUCAUACGAACGCAAGAUGGCUGCCAAUUUAUGUGAACGCAAGGACAAGUAGAAAAGUGGUAUCCGUUUGUGAUAUUUCGUUUAUAUUUGUGAUAAUAACAUUAUAAAUAUUAUCAUUGUUUUGUGUAUGUGCUUGGAAGAAGUUUUUGUGCAAUAUAUUAUGAGUUAUUAAUGUUUUAAAAGUAGUUUGUGUAAUCUUACGUUUGAUGGUACAAAAUGUUCCUUGUUGAAUUGUGAUUAUUUAUGCAGUGAUACAAGUUUUUGGAUCGCUAUGACGCUUGUUGUUGGAUGAUAUCAGUGUUAUCAUCGGACGGGUAUGGAGAAGGCGAAGGCUUACAUAAAGAGUUCGCUGGCGUCAAAGCCGGCGUCGCCGUGUGCGUCGCGCGACAAAGCGGCGCCCGCGCAGCAGGAGGACACGCGCGUGUGCUUCGUAUGCGGCGGCGCCGGGUUCAGCGAAUACUACACCGUCAGAGUCAAGCCUGAUACGCAGUGCACGGAACCUUACUUCCCGUUUCUGGGCGCUCACGCGCCGCCAGCCGGGUAUCGCGCCGAGAACGACGAGGAAGGUACGGUGAAAUGCUGCUGCGUCUGCUACACCUUCCUCCGCCAGCAGUGGGAGCAGUACGACCGCGAGAACAAGCCACACAGCCAGCGGUUCUACUGGAUGAAGAGGCUCGACGGGAAACCGUUUAUAGGAGCUGACAUGUCGUUCCAAGGCGAGUACGCGGCGCAGGUACUGGGCCUGUCAGGCGAGGGCGCGCGCGAGGAGGCCGCCUCCUCCCCGCGCCCCACCUCGCGUCCCCUCUACCCUCUUGAUGCACCCUCGCACCCCACCAACGACACCUUCCGGAAAGAAGAAAAGGACCAGAAUCAUGUGCAUAAGUUUAAUAAUCAGCGGGGCGGCGCGGCGAACCCCGCGGGCGGCGGCGGGGCGGCGGGCGGCGGCGCGGAGGAGGAGGGCGUGCUGGACCUGCGCGCGCGCGACCCGUCCGUCAUCUCGGUGGGCUCGCAGCACUCGGGCGCGUCCGAGCCCGCCGGGUACCUCGACGCCGUCAGAUCGACGGUGUCGGUGUACUCAGGCAACUCGAAUUCGAGUUCGGAUCGUGAUAUUCUGGACCUUUCAAUGCCGGACAAGAACUCUAUGACGGAGGUGUGCUACGUCUGCGGCGACGAGUACAAACGGGGCACGCUAUACAACCUGCAUACCAAGGAGCCUAAGGAUAAAUCGAACAAGCAGGCGUACUUCCCAAUCUUCGGCGAGCAGCACCCGCGGCCGCCGCGCUCGCGGCCCAAGGACGCGCAGGGCACGGUGCGCGCGUGCGCCGCCUGCCACCACCAUCUGCUGCAGCAGUGGAACCAUUACCAGAUGCGCGCAGUGCCGGCAAACGAGCGCGUGUACACGUUACGGACGCGACCGCCGUCACUACUGCCCCCGUCGCCCCUCAGCCUAGCGAGUUCAGGCGACAAGUCCCUCGCCGCGCACACCCACUCCCCGUCCCUAGAACGACCAGCCAGCCAACCCUCAGCCCCCGCCACUACAGCCAGCUUCGUCUGCUACGUGUGCGGGGUCAGUGCCCCCAGCUCACAACUAAGGCUGGUCUACUGCUGUCCAAACCCCGAGAGAGAACCUUAUUAUCCUUUUAUAACUACGCUCAAACCUCAUCCGGAUGCCAGUCCAAUUAGUCCACAAGGCAUGGUACAAAUAUGUGCGUCGUGUUACAAAAGUAUCCCUCACAAGUACCCGGCGUACGGAGAGAACGGCGAGCCCAACGCCGCGCACAAUAACACACACACUAACAAUAUUAGAUUUAAGCCAUAUGAUAUCAAAUCUAGUUCGAGUCAAUCAAAUAAGAGGCCGUCGAAUGCGUUAUCGAGUAGUCCACAGAGCCAGAUAGUGUCAGGAGAAAAUGGCAUGGGACUGUACAGAUGCUACGUAUGCGCGGGUCUGUUCCCGCAGCAGUCGAUGGAGUGGCUGUCGACGGUGGCGGAGUACAUGAACUCCCACGCCAUGCACUUCCCGUGCCUGGCGGCCGCGGGCGCGCGCGGCACCCGCGUGCUGGCCUGCUCGCGCUGCGUGCGACACCUCGCGCGCCAGUGGGAGCUGCUGGAUGCAGAGAGAGUACCGCUCGAGCAUCGCAGAUACAGCAUCCCGUCCCCCCUUCCGGCGAACUCGUCUAUGAACGGCGAGCGCGUCAUCCCCACCCCACCGUCAACGACGUCUGACCGGACCGUCGCUAGUAAUAAUGCCUGUACAUCAAUAUACUGUUUCCUGUGCGGCCUGCACUCUGACUUCACGUUGGGCCGCAUCCUCUAUGGACAGCCGCAGGGCAACGCGCCAUACUUCCCUUGUCUGCUUACACACCAGAGCCAUCCAAACGCGGAGCAGUUACGCGAGGACGGGUCCGCACUAGUCUGUACCUUCUGUUACCACUCAUUACUUAGUCAGUGGAGGAGGUACGAAACGUUAGGCGGGUAUCCUCCGGAGCGACGCGUGUACAAUACCCACGACUACCACUGUCACCUCUGUGGCAUCAAGACCUACAGGAAACGAGUUAGGGCGCUACCUAUUAAAGAAUUCCCAUUCUUAGUGCAAAGGCGGACUGAAAAUUCAUUAUUAUUAGAAAAUGGCGAUUAUGCUGUAGUAUGUUUAGAUUGUUAUGAAAGUUUAAGGACACAGGCGCAGGACUACGAGCGGCGCGGCGUGCCGGUCGACAAGCGCGAGUACAACUGGCUGCAGCAACCGCCGCCGCCAGAGGACUCCGCCGACGUCACCAUCGCGCGCCUCCCGUCCGGGGACCGCUCCGACAAACUCAUCCCGCAGUCGCUGGUGAUAUCCCGCUCCAGCUCCAAGCGGAACAGUCCCAAGCAGCCCGCCGCCGCCGCGCUCGACCGCAGACUCACGCCCAACAAGGUCGACAAACCCGAUCAAGGUGUAAGUGCGAGCAAGAUUCCGAAACGCGCGGAGAUCCCGCCCAACAAAGGUGGGCCUUUCGCCGCGGCGUUACGGACGCUCGCCAAGAACGCGGGCCCCGACGCCAAGGACGGCGGCGGCACGGGCGGCGCCGCGGCGGCCGAGCGCGACGCCAGCAAGGACAAGCCUCCGCCCGCGCCACCCAAGCGCGCCUCGCCACAUCAUCUACCAGCCAGCGGGUUCCAGCCGUACCGACCCGAUGACAGACUGUCUCACCCGGCGGCGUCGUUCCCGCUACUGGAACCGACCGCGUACUCUCCGUACGCACACCCCAGCAUCUACUCCAGUGCCGCGCUGCAGUACAGGCUGGCGGCGGAGGAGCAGCUGUACCUGGAGCGCGUGUUCCGCGGCGGCGUGGGCUGGCUGCCGCCCUACGCGCUGUACCCGCCGCUCGCGCCGCCGCUGCCGCUCGUGCACCAUCUGCACGACGACCGCGACAAGGACCUCGCGCUGCAGCGCGAGCGCGAGCGCGAGCGGGAGCGGGAGCGGGAGCGGGAGAGAGAACGUGAACGUGAACGGGAACAGCGAGAGAAAGAACAACGCGAGCGAGAGCGAAUGCAGCGAGAGAAGGAGAGAGCGAGAGACGAACAACGCGCGCUCGCCGCCGCCCUACAUCCGCACGCCGCGCACGCACACGCGCACGCGCACGGAGCACACGGCGCACACGGCGCACACGGAGCACACGGAGCACACGGCGCACACAGCGCACACAGCGCCCACAGCGCGCACGCGCACGCGGCGCACCUGCUGCCGCCGCCCGCCUACCUGGCGCGCGGGCUGCUGCCGCCGCCGCUGCUUAUUCGCGACCACGACCCCGCGCGACCGACGACUGCAGUGUUUAACGAAACAUUGAAUUAA